CACUUUGAUCUACCUCUUUUCUCUUCUCUGCUACCUCUUUCUUUUCUGUCCAUUCCACCUCAAAACCACUCUCUCUCUCUCUCUCUGGUGUAUGUUGAAGAAUUUGAUCAUCAAAAAUGGCAGCAAAUAAGUUUGCAACUAUGGUACAUAGGAAUACCAAUAAGAUUUCACUUAUUCUUAUCUAUGCAGUUCUUGAAUGGACUUUGAUAGUUCUGCUACUGCUAAAUUCUCUGUUUUCUUAUCUGAUCAUCAAAUUUGCUGAAUAUGUUGGGCUAAAACCACCCUGCCUUUGGUGUUCUAGAGUUGAUCACGUCUUUGAGCCAGCAAAAAACAAGAACAUGCACAGAGAUCUUCUCUGUGAGGCUCAUGCUGCAGAGAUUUCUCAAUUGGGAUAUUGUUCAAACCAUCAAAAGUUGGUUCAGUCGCAGGAUAUGUGUGAGGAUUGCUUGUCCUCGAGACCGGAAAUUCGGGCAAAGAAUCUAACUUUAUUGCCAUGGAUGAAAGAAAUGGGAAUGGUUCAAAGGGAUGGAGGAGAUGAUGAUACAGUAGUGCUUGAGAAUGCAGGUGAGGUGAAUUUGAAGUGUUCUUGCUGUGGUGUAGAGUCGGAUAGUAAUAAGUAUUCUUCUUAUAUUCUGAUCAAGUCUUCUUCUUGGGAUGUCUUGGAAUAUUCUGAUGAGAAAACAAGUUUGAUCACAGAGGUUAAACAUGAAGGUCAUCAUCUUGAGGAAGAAGGCAGCGAUUUGUUGGAGAAAAACAGAUCAGAUUUCAAUACUGAUCAGUGUGAAAAUGGCCCUGCUUUUGGAAACAAGGAUGAAAAUCAGAUGCUUUCUGAGUUUUGUGAUGGUUUUAUCAUAAUGGAGGAAGAAGCAGAGAAUCUUUCUGUUUCUCUGCCUAUCUCCGAGUUGAAAGAAACAGAAGAAGCUGUGGAAAAGGAGGAAGAACUGAUUGUUAAGGAAAAUGAAAAAAUUACCAUGAAGGAUAAAUCUGUUCAGGUUUCUCUAGAAGAGGAUGCCUCUGUCAAAAUCCUGCCUCACCAUUUGGAAUUCUUUUUUGAUUACACUGGUAAUAAGUUAGUUCCAGUUGAUAUGAUCGAUUCAGCAACUGAGGAAGAUCAGAUGACUUACACAAAUAAGGAUGAGGAUCAGACUCAUGAUGAUAUUCAAGAAGCAAAUUUGGAGACUGAGGUGAACUGUAAGGAUGACAUUGAAAUGGUUGUGGAAAAUAAGUGCAGAGAAUUGGGGUCGGAGGCAGCAAUGUCUAGCUAUAGAAGUGAAGAGGAGCCCAAGUACGCUAUACUCGAAUCUGUGGAAAUGGAAGAGGAUGAAAAUUCUUGGGUUUUCCAAGCUGUUGAAUCUCAUUCACCAAGGGAUGUGUUUGAACAAUUUGAAGUUACAACUCCAUCUCCAAAAACGGAUGAUUUUCCCGCAAUGCUAGCAGCAGAAGAGGAAGACAAACACAUUGAUUUUCCUCCAGCGUUUGAAGAAGUUUCUCAAGUGCAAGUUAAUGAGACUGAUGCAGAGGUCUCAAUUGGUACUGAAAUUCCUGAUUUGGAUGCAACAGACGAUGUUCAACUUCAAGAUACUAUUAGUUCCUACGAAUGUACACCCAAAGAUCCUUCCUCAAGUUUGGCAAUUAUGCAAGUCGAUUCUGACCAUGGUACUGAGGAAGCUCUGGCAUGGACAAUAGAAUUGCACACCUCGUCAGUUGAUUUGAGUGAGCUAACAAUGAGCAAUCAAUCAUCAUUUUGCCCAGAUUUAAAUGGGAUUGAAGAAGAUAAAGUUCCUGAUACGCCGACCUCUGUUGACAGUUUGCAUACUUUGCACAAGAAACUGCUGCUACUUGAAAAGAAGGAUUCAGGAACUGAAGAUUCUUUAGAUGGAAGUGUCAUCAGUGAAUUUGAGUGCGGUGAUGGUGUCAUGACAAGUGAACGCCUGAAGACCGCACUAAAAGCUGAAAGAAAAGCUUUACAAGCUUUAUAUGCCGAAUUAGAAGAAGAAAGAAGUGCUUCUGCAGUGGCUACUAAUCAGACAAUGGCAAUGAUAAACAGACUUCAGGAAGAAAAGGCACAAAUGCAAAUGGAAGCUUUGCAGUAUCAAAGAAUGAUGGAAGAACAAUCUGAAUAUGAUCAAGAAGCUUUGCAACUUUUAAACGAGCUUAUGGUAAAGAGGGAAAAGGAAAAGCAGGAGCUAGAGAAAGAACUGGAGAUAUGCAGGAGGAAAGUAAUGGAAUAUGAGACAAAAGAAAGGAUGAGACUGUUAAGAAAAAGCAAGGAUGGAAGCGCUAGAAGUGGAUUCUCCUCAACCUCAUGCAGCAAUGCUGAGGAUAGUGAUGAGUUGUCCAUUGAUCUGAAUCAAGAAGCAAAGGAAGACGAUAGCUAUUAUAGUCAUCAUGAGUGCAGUAAUCACCACAACACUCCUGUGGAUGCAGUUCUGAAUCUGGAAGAAUCUUUAGCUGAUUUUGAGGAAGAGAGGCUGUCCAUUCUAGAGCAACUAAAGGUUUUAGAAGCAAAGCUUGUGACGUUGGAUGAUGAAGAUGAACAACGCUUUGAGGAUGUUAGACCUCUAGAACAUUUGCAUGAAGAAAAUGGAGUAAAAGGUCAUGUAGAUGGUGAAGUAAAUGGCCAUGUCAAUGGAUACUCAAAGGAAAUGAUCAAUGGUAAACACCACCAUGAAAGAAGAAUUACCCCUAUAAAAGGCAGGAGCCUUCUUCCUAUUUUUGAUGCAAUCAGUGAUGAAAAUGGAGACGUGGAACUAAAUGGAGAUCUAAAUGGUUUUGAUCAUCCUAAUGGGGUGCAUGAUUUGGAUAUGAGAAAUCUAGAAGUGGAAGACAAGAACGUGGCCAUUGAGGAAGAGGUGGAUCAUCUGUAUGAAAGGCUACAAGCUCUUGAAGCAGAUAGGGAGUUCUUAAAACAUUGCAUAAGUUCCUUGAAGAAAGGUGACAAAGGAAUGGAUCUUCUUCAAGAAAUACUACAACAUCUUCGAGACUUGAGAAAUGUUGAGCUUCGAGCUAGAAACUUCAGUGAUGGCGCUAUAGUAUGAGAUUGAACUUCGACAUCAUGCCAAAGAAGAUGGUUGACAGCAUUUCUGCGGUUCAGUUGCAGCAAUGGACUUGCGAUGGAAGAAGAAGUGCAGAGGAUGAUCCUCUGGUCAUCAUUGAGAUAGCUGUAUGAAAUUCCAAAAAAAUUUUGGGUCAGUCAUAAGUGAAACUGUCAUGGGAAGUCCCUUCAGUGGAAGAGGAGGCUCCUGGUAUCAAUGGUCUACAUUUUGGAAAUCUUGGUGGACAGGAAGUUGAAGUGUCUGCCUGAACUUUGUUCUUUUGUUUCCCCUGGUUAUUGAGUCCAUCAGUAUACACCCAAAUUUUUGUGGGGGGCGGUGUCCAUCACCUCCUUUUGAGGGAAAGGGGGAAGAUGAAUGUAUCUGUGUGUAGUCUAGUGAACGAGUCCGUCCUGUCAUUUGUAUUUUGUGAGGAAAAGUCCUGGCUUGCAAAGCUGGAGAUAUCCAACUAAAGAUUCCAGUGCCAGGUGAGUAGGGCUAGAUUAUUUCUAGGCAUUUAGGAGUAGCAAAUCCUGCUUUUGUUUUUUUGUUUUCUUUCUUUUUUUUUCCAGUUUUAGUUUUAUUAUUUUCGAGGUAAGGGAAAGAGGAGUAAAAAACUUCCCUUUUCCUAUCUCAUCUUUGCAUCGUUUCAUCAAGAGGUUUGUUUAUUAUAUGAAGGGCAAAGUUAGUAGUUGAAUACUCUGUAUCCACUUGUAAGUAUAUAAAAUGAGUGUUUGAGUAA